GGCGUGGCUGAGGAAAGAUGGCGGCGCCCGCGGCUCCUGCCGAGCCCCAGGCUUCCGGGGCUCCGGAGCUCCCCGUGUGUCUGUUGGUGUUGGGAAUGGCGGGAUCCGGGAAAACUACCUUUGUACAGAGGCUCACAGGACACCUGCACAACAAAGGCUGUCCACCAUAUGUAAUCAAUCUGGACCCGGCUGUGCAUGAAGUCCCUUUUCCCGCCAAUAUUGAUAUUCGAGACACAGUGAAGUACAAAGAAGUCAUGAAGCAAUAUGGACUUGGGCCAAACGGCGGCAUAGUGACCUCCCUCAACCUCUUCGCUACCAGGUUUGAUCAGGUGAUGAAAUUUAUUGAGAAGGCCCAGAACACAUUCAGAUAUGUCUUGAUUGACACACCCGGACAGAUUGAAGUAUUUACCUGGUCAGCUUCGGGGACAAUCAUCACUGAGGCCCUGGCAUCCUCCUUUCCAACAGUGGUCAUCUAUGUCAUGGACACGUCUCGGAGCACUAACCCAGUGACCUUCAUGUCCAAUAUGCUUUAUGCAUGCAGCAUCUUGUACAAAACCAAGCUGCCUUUCAUUGUGGUCAUGAACAAAACGGACAUCAUUGACCACAGCUUUGCAGUCGAGUGGAUGCAGGAUUUUGAGGCUUUCCAGGAUGCCUUGAACCAAGAGACGACCUACGUCAGUAACCUGACUCGUUCCAUGAGCCUGGUGUUAGAUGAGUUCUACAGCUCACUCAGGGUGGUGGGUGUCUCUGCUGUGGUGGGCACCGGCUUCGAUGAACUCUGUGCUCAGGUCACCAGUGCUGCAGAGGAGUACGAAAGGGAAUAUCGUCCUGAAUAUGAGCGUCUGAAGAAAUCACUGGCCAGUGCCCAGAGUAAUGAGCAGAAGGAGCAACUAGAGCGUCUUCGGAAGGACAUGGGCUCCAUAGCCCUGGACCCAGGGGCCAGCACAGACGGUGCAUCUCCUGUGCUGGACCCUUCUGACUUGAUCCUGACUCGAGGAACCUUGGAUGAGGAGGAUGAGGAAGCCGACAGUGACACUGACGACAUUGAUCACCGAGUUACAGAGGAAAGCCGUGAAGAGCCAGCGUUCCAGAACUUCAUGCAGGAAUCAAUCGCACAGCACUGGAAGAGAAACAAGUAGGCCCCCCUCCCACACGCUGCAGGGGUCUAUGUGCUGGGUCUCCAUGCAGAGGACAUCCUUUGUGAACCAGGGCUGCAGUCCAGAGCAGUCUCCUCCCAGCUGCUGACUUCUUUGAGGGAACCUGGACUCAGAUGAAGUCUGGUUGAAGGUGGAGCUGGCAGGUAGAUCUCAUCCUUGGGUAGCUUCCCCCAGUGUUUAUGCAAGGAGGUCUCACUGCUCUGCCAGCUGAUAACUGUUCAGCCUACAACUUCAAGUCGAAUCGUUUGAACUCAAGUGUUUUGCUGCUGAUGGGACAGAGGGAACUUUGGAUCUUGACGAGCAGGAUCUGUGGACAUUGCCUCCUUAGCACUGUGCUCCCGACUCUGCACCCCAAGCUGCUGUUCUUUAAGCAGAAUGGGAAGGGAGAAUGCAUUUGUACAGCGGGUGGCGAGUGCCCUUGGCAGCCAGGUCUGAUGUCAUCUGUGCUCACACAAGGUAGCACAUUUUCAAGAGUGUUGUUUGAAUGGUGACUUGGAUAAAGAUUUAACUUUAA